AUGGCGGACUUCAAGCGCCUCGUCACCCACAUCCAUCGGUGUUUCUACAACGGAGACCUAACAGCCCACGAUCACGCACGUGCCAACGAGAUACGUCCAGUUGACUACUCCCUACUGGGCGGUGUUAGUCACACAAGUAUCGUUCCAGCCUACAGUCAGGAGUACUUUGACAUCGAGGCCAGGUGGGCAGAUCGCCACUAUCGACACCAAUUGCUGCCUCAAUACUCGACACGUAAGGACGCACCAGGCCGUUCGGAUAAGCCGUUUGAGGAUCGUUCCACGGAACUGUAUGUCCGUCAGAGAGAACACGCAGCCAUGCUGGGUCGUCUGAUGGCGGAGCGUGCCCGCGGCGGAACCAGCAAGGAGCAGGACGCCAGACCGAAGUUCCAGCCUGACGAAGAGUUAAUUUGCAAGGCAGUAAAAGACGAUGCAGCGACACCACCCCAACCUCCGCCAUCGGGCUACGCCAGAGCCAUAAAGCUGGCUUCCGAUGGCUGCAAUGACCCGUGA